UUGAUUAUUCUACUGUAGUCCUGCUCAUGUGUAUUUUAAUUUCGCGUGUGUGUGAUUUGUGCACACAUUUUUAAUAUUUACAGUUCAGCUGCGAUUAUAAAACAUGUUUCAGGAUGCAUCGUCGCAGAAACAAUCUGAAUCAUGCCUUUUAUUCUUUAAGAACACAGACGCGAGAAUACCUGUAGAUGUCAGGAAUAAACUUAUUACCUUCCUUGAAAAACUCAUAGAAUGUGCGAGGAGUUCUGUAAAACGCUCAAGAGAGAGGAACCUGGAGGAGGCUCUGCUGAAACUGAAGAGGCUUACUGGUCAGGACUUGUCAUCUCUGGAGAACGAGCACCUCGGUCUUCUGGUGCAGCUGGUUCUUGCCUUUCAACUGGAAUCACUCGACAACUCCACUGCCUUCCGCAAGCUGGACCAGAUGAUGGUGAAACUCUCAGAGGGCAAUCAGCUGUUUGUUUUUGAGGCGAUACAGACGUGUUUAAGCAGCACAGUGGACUUCACUCAGAUUUUAUCUGUCAGUGACUUCCACACAGUGUGCCUGUUUCUGGAGGACAGCUCCGCGGGCCGUGAAGUCUGGAGGAAAUCCUGUCUUCCUCUCCUGUCGAAACUAGCCGAGACCUUUCCAUCGAUCCUGGAGCAGGAGGCAUCAAGAAACGGAGAGCACUGCUACCUCGCAGUGAAGGUCUGCUUACAGAUGUUCCAGCUGUUGCCAGAAGAGACGGCUCCACUGAUCUGGGAGGAGAACCCGUGGAAUCCAGUUGCAGAAAGAAUUCUAAAACACCUGUUAAACAUCGUCUUGGGAGAGUCCUCAAACAGAGACACCCGGCUGCUGGCUGGGACCGCCGUUGCCAUGGCGAUGAACACUGCGCCGCAGGCCCAGGAUGGAGGAGCAGCAGUGCUGAGCCUCUUGCAGCUCGCCAGCACAGAUUCCCAGAUGCUGCGUGUGGGCAGCCUGACUGUGGCCUGUCGGGCUCGGAGCCGAGACGGUGUGGACAGGCUGGCAGUGACAAGAGGCCUAUUGACUUGCUGCAGGAAGGACAUUUUGUUGAGCCCAUUGGAAAACAAAGGGACCUGCCUGUUGUUGGAUGGAGUGUUUCCUGUCAUCUCUGGUUUAUGUGAGGAGAAUCUGGACUGUCAUUAUUACAUCUUCCAAGUUUUUGCCAUGUGGCUGAGGAGUCUGAAGGAGAGCCUGCAGGAUGUGUGGGUGAUGAGAGGGACUCCUCUGUUAUCUGAGAACUCACGUCUGCAACAACAACUCAGCACAGUCAUCUGGAACAACGCAGAAAGCCCAGUAGAAGGCAUCUCUGAAUUUGUACAUAGCUCAUUCCGUCAGCUGCUGGAGAUUUAUGAGCUGGAGUGUGAACACUUUACUGAAGAAGGAAAGCCUCUUUACACCUCAUUACUACACCGAAUCACCUCCUUGCCUUGGGAGGCCAAAGCAAAAUACUUCCCUCUCUGCGCUCUGCUCCCUUAUGUUGGUACGAACAGGGUACUGGAAUAUUUCGCUGAUCUCCCUCGUCAGCUUUUAAAGUGCCUCUCCACCAAUCACUUGUCUCCUUGCGCCUCCGAGGUCUAUAAAUCGCUGAUCCGACAUCAGAGGCAGGAGCUGUGCGUGGCGAAUAACCACCCGUCCCCCUCAGAAAAGGAUUUGGCCGAGCACUGGGCCGAGCGCUGGUACCCCACACUUCUGGAGGCCUUGACCUCGGACCUGACCCUCCUGCAGAACAACGCCUCCAGUUACCUCCUGCCCUGGACUCUGCGUGUUUUCCCAGCCGCCUUCGAGAUCCUGCAGGGGCGGAUUAGCCUGACGCGCUCGGGGCACCUCCGUGCCUGGGCCAGCCUGCUGAGCGUCCAGAGGACAGUGACGGGCUCUUCACCCCUGAGCAGGGAUCUGCUGUCCACUCUCCGCCUGGCCCUCGGCUCUCUGGACGACAGCGUCCGCCUGGCCGCCGUCAGCCUCCUCUGCUGCGGCCCCAAAACCAGCCAGCCCCCGACGGAGCUGGAGCUGUCGGAGAUGAGGGACUUCAUCCCCCUGAACCUGAACAGCGACUCCUCCCCUUUUCGGCAGCACUUCCAGGCCGGGGUGAAGAGGCUCCUGGUCCGAAUCCGGGACAGCGGCCUGGCCUGCCUCAGAGGCCGACAGGGAAAGGAGGAGCGGGAGGCCAGAGGGGGUGGAGACGAGGGGCAGCAGGACUUGGUCCUUGCUCGGGGUGUAGAUUUUGUGGACUGGCUGACACAGUUGUGCUUCUGCUAUCUGGCUCCUGGGUUUAAUUACCAGAGGAAAAAGACAGUUCUGCUCCUGCUGUCUGCUGUGCUGGAAACCUGCACUGACAGCUGGAGCCCAGAGAAGAAGAAAGGUCAGCCUCCAGUCGACAUGUCGGCCCUGCUGCGCUGGACGAGGCAGAGAGGGCAGUGGGACUUCUUCUGCAGGACAAACCUGCUGGUCCUUCUUCGUUGCCUGGAGGACGGCACCAAUGAGAUCCGCGAGCUGACCGCCGAGCUGCUCCUGAGGUUCUUCCCCCCUCUUCUCCCGCGGGACCUCAGCCCUCCCCUGUUCGAGCGUGCCCAGAAGCUCAUGCGCAGCCCCCGGGUGCAGGACGCCCAAGCGGGGGCUCUUGCGAUGAAGAUAGUCCUCCUGAAGUCAGAUGAGCUCUCAUCGGUCUUGAAGACCGCCUGCAAGGGGAAGAACGAGAGGGCUCCCACGCAGGAGGUAAAGGUGCUGUCUAUGGUCUUGUACCUGCUCCAGGAGCUGGAACAGCAGCACCUUGCCGCCAGAAGAGACAUGCUGCAUGCUGCCAGAACAAACCCUAUACAUGGGGUUCUCAUCGCGCUGCAGAGAUGCCUGCUGGAGCCCCCUGAUGCUUUCGCAUCCAUACAAAAAGCUGAAGAAAGCCCCGGGGGCCCAGACCUGAUCCCGAGGCUGCUGGAGACGGUGGAGAAGAUAAGCCUGUUCCUGCUGGGGGUGCUGUACGGAGACCCAGCUGGAGCUGCCGAGGAGCAAGAUGCCCCCCCCUCGUUCUGCGACAUGGGGAAAGCCAUCCGCUCGGUCAUCGCCCGGGGCGAGGAGGAGGAGGAGGGCUGCGUCCUGCUGUCAGAGGAGCACAGCCUCGUUCUCACGUGCUGCUGGGUCUCCCUGAAGGAAAUUGGCAUUUUUCUUGGCCGGUUUGUGGAGAAAGGCUUCUCAACAGCACCCACUGCUGCUUCAGGGUCCCUUUUCACCAUGGAGGAUCUGAAGAGGAUAGCCAAAGUGUUCAAGGAUAUUCUUCUCAAAUGUCGACACUGGGGAGCGGUGGAGGGAUGCUGUGUUGGUUUUACCAGAUUUUGUGCCGUUCUUUUAAAUCAUCCAGAUCCAGUUUGCCAGGAAAUCCCUGCACAGAUGCUGGAGCAGGGGCUGUCGGUGCUGCAGUCCCCCCGCAGUAGUUCAGUCACCCGGAGGGCAGCAGGCCUGCCCAUGCUUAUCGUCAGUAUCGUGGCAGCAGAGAACGCCAGCAAAGCCCGGCCUCUCCUGGCACUCAGCAUGACGGGCCUGCUGGAGACAGCGAGCGCCCCUCUGCCGCAGGACUGGGACCAGACCCUGGACUUGCCGCAGGUGUGUGCUGUCCAUGCCCUGCAGGCUCUGGUGCGAAGCGCGGGGCUGGGAGUUGCUGUGCUUCAGUUUGCUCCAACCAUGACCAUCUUGUCGCUGAAUACUCUGAGCUCCCCCUGCUGGGCAAUGAGGAAUGCUGCCAUCCAGCUUUUCAGCGCGCUGUGUUCUCGGAUGCUGGGACAGCGAUCGAGGGGGGAGGACGGGUGCCCCCAGCACGGGAUGUCCCCCCCGGCCUUUUUCACACGCUACCCCGCGCUCCAGCCCUUCCUCCUGGGAGAGCUCGUGAGGGCCGCCGGGCCCCAGGGGGCGAGAGGGGAGGCGAGGCUGCACCUCCACCCCUCGCUGCACUCCGUCCUCACCCUGCUGGCGAAGCUGCAGCCCGGAGCCCACAACGAGACACGCUCUCUCGCCCCGUUCCUGCCUCCUCUGCUCCAGCUAGCCAGCAGUCCCAUCUACGCCGUGAGAGUUAUGGCUUCCAAAGCAUUGGCGGCCAUGACGCCCCCUUCUGAGUACAUGAGCACUUUGCUGCAGCUGGCUGGACAGUUACUGCAGCCCCACGCCCCCCGCUGUCACAAUGGCCUGCACGGACAGCUGCUGCAGAUCGGGGCGCUGCUGGCCAGAGCUCUCAGAGCUGACGGAGCGCAGACGGAUGCCAUGCGUGGCCUGGCACAGCAGCUGGAAUCCGGGCUGUGGUUGGCGACGUCAGCCCAGGAGUGCCCUCUGAUCCGCUCUGCGUACCUGAGUGUUGCAGCGCAGCUGGCAGGAUCCUUCACGCAGAGCUUUGUGGAGCGGCUUCAGUCCAGCCUAGUGACAGAGCUCCAGAGCCCCAGGAACAGGCUACAGGUGGGCUCUGCAGUGUUUUGUCAGAACGCUGUGAACCUCCUCUGCGACGAGGCAGUGAGAUCCAGGGACCACCAGAGGGCAGCACAGGCCUGGAAGCUGCUUUCGGUGGAAGACCCUGAUGUGGGCUUAUCUUUGGUCAGCUGGGCCAGAGAUGGGCAAAGCUGGAUGGACACUGAUAUCCAGCCUGUGUUGGCAGAAGCACUGGGGGAGGCCCUCCAGGCCACGCUGAUGAAGGGGAGCGCGGAGUACAAGAAGACCUUCCUGGAGGCCUUCGUCGCAGUCAUGUCCUCCUGCGCUGAGAGCCCGUCUCCUGAGGCUCUCCCUCCGUGGCGGACGGCCUCGCUGGCCAGCACCGCGCUGCUGCUGGCCCUUCUGGAGAGCCAGGAUGGCGGCCCUGAGCUUCGCUCACAGGCGCUCUGCGCCGCAGGCCUGCUGCUCUCUCAGAGCUGUGAGGACUCCCUGACAGAACGCUGGUGUCGGCUGCUGGAGACACACCGGACCCCCGAAACGCCCGAGACGCUGAGGCUGGCCUGCACCCAUGCCCUGCAGCAAGCUGGGAUGCCCCUGGUGAGCAGGACCCUGAGAGGUGUCGCCCCAAAGCCCGCUCUCAGCGUGAGGUUGAUAAAUACUGCCAUUCACCUCCUGCAGGAUGAGAGCCAGCAAAUAAGGACAGAGGCCGCGAAGUUUGCCUCCGUGUUGCACAGCCUCUGGAAGGGAGGGACAGAGGGACAGGGCCCUUGCUUUCAGAUGCAAGUUAACCAGGGGCUGCUGGGCCUGCUGGAGCUCCUCCUGGAGGAAUUCUGGGAUAGCCCAGGCACUCUAGGGGCUCUGCUGUCGCACCUCCCUGACGGCGACCUGAAGGAAGCACUGAGGGGUGCCCAGGACGCAGACGCAGAGUGCACAAGCUUGUACGAACAAGACGAUGCCAACGUGUUUGAGGAGCCUUCCGUGAUGUCGGAACUCCUCCUCCCCUACCUCAUCCAGCUUGCUGACAAGACAGACAAACCCUCCCAUCUCAAAAACCGCCUGGCCGUCUGGGCAGCAGAAAACACAGCAGGCAUCUUGAACAACAUCCACUUCUGCAAGCAGCUGUUCGGAAGAGGAGAUGAGGCAGUGGCGCUUGGCCAUCUGGGUUGGCAGUGUGGGCCCUGUUUCCAUGGUCACCUAGCCGGCCUGUUUGCAAGGGCGGGUUUUCUGCUGCAUCUGCUGGAGGCCUCAGAAGAUCACCAGCCUCUGGCUCCCGAGCUCCACUGUCCACCCCAGGCACUGUGGGCUGACCUGCAGGAAACACGGAGGCUUCUCUCUCAACAUGGUGUCCUUGUGUCAGUGGGUAUUGAUUGGGUGGGAACCCACUGACAUCCCCCCAACAGUAAAAAUCUGUGGCAUAUCAAAGACCAUGGGGUCUCGUAUCAGCUGAUCCAGUGAUGUCAGCUUUUAUGUUUACAUGAAUUGUAGAAAUCAUGUUGUAGAUUUUAUAAAGUUCUGGCAUUUCAAGUGAAAAUCCAUUCCCCACAUAAUCUUCUUGCACAUGCAGUGUUUUGUAUUUUACACCUCUCAUCAUGUGUAACGCGUUUCACUAGGAAUGUGUAGUGAAUAUGUAUAAGGUGCAUGUAUAUCAGUAACUGUGGCCAUUAUUAGUUUUUUAAUUUUUAAUUUUAUGCAGUUGUUUAGAAAACCUGAGGUUAGAUUUGAAACCACUGUACUGCAUUAGUACAGAAAGCUACGGCUUUAAUAAGUGAACACUCUGUCAGUCAGGUAUUACAUGAAACCCUAGUUAAGAAAUGCAAUGAGAAAUAAUGUCUCCUUCUCAAUUCCAGCAAAUCACACAGACAAGUACAUCGGCCGGCUUGCCAAGAUAUGAAUUAUGUAAUUCCACAGCUAAUCCAUUAUUUAAUAUACUACAACGUUUAUGUUUCAGCAACAUCCUGUGAAUGUAUAUUUUUGAGUUAUUUCUUGUUUUAACAUUACGUGUUGUGUGAAUAUAGCCACCAAGGCACUCGAAGAAUUUAAGCACCACCUUCUGGUGCUGAAAAAAGAGCACUUCAGCUCAAGAAAAUGUGGAAAGAGACUUCAGUUCAUGCCGUGCAUGGAACGUUGCUUGAAGAUGUUUUGCCUUUUUGCAUCUACUUUUGCCUUCUGCCCUCUGUAAGGCUUUCGGAAAAAUCAGGUAGUAAGAGGGCUUUUUCACAAAAUGAAAUGCGGGAUGUACUGUAUAAAAUGACUGGAAGUACAGCUUGGGUACCAUUUUCCAUUUAAUGUGGAAAAUGUCUCUGUUCACAAUUGUGAAUAUAUGGAUAUUCUACUUUCAGGGGCAGAGUGGGUGGACUGAUGAAUUUGGUUGUUGGACAGUGUAUAUCAAAUUGGAUGCAGAGGAUUCACGAAAGCUAAAAGCAGCCUCUUUCAUCUCCUAUUGUCAGAUGUCGGCGCAGAAAAGGAUUUUUUCAGGCUGUAGCAGCUGAUGCUGCCAGCCUGCUGCUCUUUAUUACAACAGAGCAGCUCUGCCCCUGACCGGUUAGAACCGCUUUUGGGAUCUAAAUCUGUCUCAUCAAAGGAGCUAUAUUUCCCUGCAGUUACACCCUAACGACCAGUAGGGGAAGCGUUCCCCCCCUUAGGAUCUCAUUUUACUCUUGAAUAAUUAAAAAGCUUUUCCCCAUCUACUUUCCUGAGCAUUUGUGUGCAUUAGUAUUUUCUCCAGAGGUUUCUGUUUUGUGGCGCAGAACUGGAACGGUGAUGUAAUGCCUUCAGAGCCCUGAUGCAGGGUGACUCUUCAGUGCUAUCGCAGUGGGUUUCAUCUAUUCCAUUAGAGGGCUCGUCUCUUCUCCAAAUGUCCAUUCUGUUAAUGUAUCUGUAACACUCUGAAUUGAUUUGACAGCAGUGCUUUCAGCUACAUCAGGUAUAGAGCCUAUAAGAGCUGCAUUAGAGAAGCAGAUCUGUAUGCUGAAGACCAUUCUUGUUCCCUGGGCCUUUAACUUUUGGAAAAUGAACACUGAACAGCGAAACUUUCGUGGCCACCCAGUUUAUGAACGUACUUUGCAUGAUCUAAAAAUAUAUAAAAGUUCUUUCCCAUCAUUUUAAACUUUGUCAUUUUAAAUCAGGCCAUCUGGAAUUGUGAUUUCUUCAGGAAAAGUGAUCUCAUUUUAUUUGAACAUAAAACCUUUUGGCAGUUUUAAGGGAUUGGUUUUAAAUGUAAACCAAGCACUUUGGUUUUUUUUUUCCCCCCAAACCAGGAUGUAAUCUGCUGUGUACAUUCUUUCCUUUUGUUGUGCCUUUUAAAAAAAUGGUCGGUUUUGCUGAUAUAAACAAAACACCUGAAUUUUCUUACCUACCUUUAACUGCACCUUCUACCAAAUAUGGCUAAAAUCAAAGCAAGCACACGGUAAUGUGAAAAGAUACAUAAAUGUCAGGAACAGAGAGGCCUUACUGCAGAAUGUUUAAGGCCCAUGAUAUAGUGUAUCUUCAUUGUUUACAGGAUUUUACCAAGCUGCCAUGUGGUUUUGUUGAAUCAUAUCUCCAUUCAUUUGGAGUCUGGAGCAUGGUUUAUUCAGCUUGAGCAUGUUAACACAGGAGUAGAGGGGCAGAGGGCUCACCUGGAUCUUACGAAGAGGCCUUGGUGUGUUCUGAGCUUCUGCUCUGUUGACGAGUCUCAAGGAAAGGCCUGAUUAAUGUGCAGUUUUGCCUGGCUGCCAGAGACCAUUCUGUUUCGCCUGUCUGCAAGAAGGAGAGUAGUUAGGAAUGUGUUUUUCAGGAAACCUACGGGAAGGGACAUUUUUAAUCCAUGGAAAUUUGUUAGAACAGAUGCCUUAACUUCUGUGACAACAGCAUCUACCCUGUGUUAAAAAUGUAUUUUCAUUAGGUUUCAGUCUCAGUAAUUAAAGUCAAAGUUUGAAACCUAAUCAAACUACUCAAAUGUGGUCUGACAGCAUUAUUUGUCAAUUUUGUGUUGAUUUUCACCAGAAAGGAAGGCUAUGUGACAUAUGGUGAACACACUUUCAGAGAAAUCUUCUAGGCAUAGUCUCCCACACCUGCGCCUCUCCGAGGCCUCUCUCCUCUAAAGAGAACAGUGUGUACCCAAGUCACAAGGAAACUGUAUCAGAUGGGGGGGGAAACAUUCAGUUCAUACAUGCCUGCCAGUGUUAAUUGUUUUAAUGAUUUUGUGUGAGUUGCCAUAGGUAAUACUGUGUAAAACUAGCAACAUUAUAACACUACAAUGGAAUCUUACGGUAAAAAUAAUCAUAGGUUGUAAUAAUCACCUUUUUGUUUUUGAACUUGCCUGCAGGAGAACUCGAAGCAGGAAACACAAGUCUUUUUACAUGAUUUUGUGUCUACCUCUGUGUCUCUGAACUUAAACAUUUCAUGUUUUUUACUUUGUUCUGUGGUUGGAUCUUACUUCUAACUCCUGACUGAGACCCUGUCUUCUGACACAGUUUGCUGUGUUAAACACUGCAACCAUCAGAUUUGCUCUGUUGUCUUUCAAAAAAUAUGAAUACUGCAGCACCAAAAAUAAAAUAGUUGUCUUGUUGACUUGCAUUAGCCUGCCCAAGCAUACCUGUACUGUAAAAUGUAAAAAUAGGAACAAAGCUACCUCCAGUCUUGUAAUUGUUGACACUUGUUUCCUUCCAUCUUGUGUUUAACAUCUUUGCUGACAUUACCUUCUGUGAAAUAUACAUUUUGUGUUCUGAAUAUCUCUGGGCCACCAUUAAAUUCUAGGCCCAGUACUCUUUAAUAAGAGAGGUAUAUGUGUUUGAACAGAGUCGGCCAAUUUAAGAUUGCUUAAUGUUUACAAGAUCACAUAUCGCAUUUGACUCCAGUUUCCAACUUCCUACUGCCUGCGUUCUCUGAGCUCUGAGAUUGAAACUGUAUCAUUUCCUGUUUUGACUUGCUAGUCU